CUCGCAUGUACAGUUUGACAUUUCACUUGAUUGUUGCUGAGGAGAGCAUCUCGUGUGUACAGUUUGACAUUUCACUUGAUUGUUGCUGAGGAGAGCCUCUCUUGAGUAACUUUUAUGAUUGACAGCUCUCAACUUUCAGCACGAGCGUCAAACAUUCCCGCCACCUCAGGAAGAAAUCAGGUGGCAAGUAAUUUUUAAUCUUGGUAAGGUCAUCCAUCAUUAGCUUUGCAACAUUUUACAGGGUUGUGAAGUUAGUGAAAGAAGCAACCUCAUUCUGUAGAUGUUGAUAACAUAUUUCAGGAGCUAUAGCUGACGUUGGGUAGCUAACAGAUCGUUUGCUGACAUCACAAGAAAUGUUAUUUCCUCUGUCCCAUUUAUUAACUGGUAGCUUAUAACGUUAGCUAGCAGCUAGUUCGCUGAAACAAAACAAAAAACAUCUAGUUCAAGAGCUAACGUUACUAGUAGCUAACUACAUUGCGCUAAUCAAGAUGAAAGCCGCCGAGGAUCAAGUUGUGGAGGAUGAGGCCGGAUAUCAAGAUGAUGAGGAGUCAUUUUUCCAAGACAUAGACACCCUACAGAAGCAUGGAAUUAACAUGGCAGAUUUAAAGAAGCUGAAGUCUGUGGGUAUCUGCACAGUAAAGGGGAUCCAGAUGACCACACGCAGAGCCCUGUGUAACAUCAAGGGCCUUUCAGAAGCAAAGGUGGACAAGAUCAAAGAGGCUGCUGGGAAAAUUCUGACCAAUGGUUUCCUGACAGCAUUUGAAUAUAGUGCGAAGAGGAAACAAGUGUUCCACGUCAUGACUGGAAGCCUGGAGUUUGAUAAACUACUUGGGGGAGGUAUGGAGAGCAUGGCAAUCACUGAGGCAUUUGGAGAGUUUCGGACAGGCAAGACUCAGCUCUCUCAUACACUAUGUGUCACAGCCCAACUUCCUGGAGAGGAUGGCUACACAGGAGGAAAAGUCAUCUUCAUCGACACAGAGAACACCUUUCGUCCAGACAGACUGAAGGACAUAGCAGACAGGUUCAAUGUUGACCAUGAUGCUGUGCUGGACAAUGUGUUAUACGCCCGAGCCUACACCAGUGAACACCAGAUGGAGCUGUUGGAUUUUGUGGCAGCCAAAUUCCACGAGGAGGGUGGCGUCUUCAAACUUCUGAUCAUAGACUCCAUCAUGGCUCUGUUCCGGGUAGAUUUCUCUGGCCGAGGGGAGCUGGCAGAGAGACAACAGAAGCUGGCCCAGAUGCUCUCCCGUCUGCAGAAGAUCUCUGAAGAGUACAACGUUGCAGUGUUUGUCACCAACCAGAUGACUGCAGACCCUGGAGCUGGGAUGACGUUCCAAGCUGAUCCCAAGAAGCCGAUUGGAGGGCACAUCCUGGCGCAUGCGUCCACCACACGAAUCAGCUUGAGGAAAGGACGCGGAGAGUUGAGAAUUGCCAAGAUAUUUGACAGUCCUGAUAUGCCUGAGAACGAGGCCACUUUCGCCAUCACUCCAGGGGGAAUUGCUGAUGCCAAAGAGUGAAAGACCCUCAUGGAUUUACCAGUAGAGGAGAGGAAGCACAUACAGUUCUACACAGUUUUUAGAAGAUCGUAAUUUUUUGAAAUCUGAUGAAGACUAUUUGUACUAUUUGGUGUUUAUAUGUACAGUGCCUUCAGAAAGUAUUUAUACCCCUAGACCUUUCCCAAAUUUUGUUGUGUUACAAAUUGUGAUUAAAAUAGAUUUAAUUGACAUUUGUUUUUGUUAACGAUCUACACAAAAUACACUGUAAUGUCAAAGUGGAAGAAAAAUUGUAACAUUUGUAAAAAAAAUAAUAUAUAUAUAUAUAUGAAAAAUAAAGACUAAUAUACUUUA